UCGGGUCACCCCGCCUGCCUGACGCUCGGCUCGGCCCGCGUGAAGAGCAGAGAAGCGAGGCCAGUCAGUCUGUCUUCGGACGGUGUAUGGGUAGGACGUGUAGCCUCUCGCUCCUCCAGUCAAGCGUCAUGCCUCCCGCCGCGGCCACGGGAGUAGGGAAAAGUGGUCAUGCAGCCCUCACGUGCCCCUGGCCUUAGGUACCCGUAGCGGGAAAGCCUUAGAUACCUAUCCACGUUUACAUGGGCUGGAUUCUUAGCGUGGAACAUUUCUUAGAUUUUUAGACACAGCGGUGGUGGAAGGCGCCUCUCAAGGGGAGAUCUAACCCGCCGCGAGUGACAGUAGGGUGUUGUGCCGUGCGUCGUGCCUCGUGCCUUCCCUUCCCUUGCCCCCUGACCCUUGUCCCCCCACCGCCAUGCAGGGAGUAAGGGAGCUCCUGCUGGCCCUGCUGCUGCUGCUCCUCCUCCGUGGUCUACACGCGAGUUGGGACGAGUGGUGGACGUAUGACGGGAUAUCUGGGCCGGAGUUCUGGGGGCUGAUUAACCCGAACUGGAAUAUGUGCGAGAAGGGUCGGCGCCAGUCCCCCAUUAACAUCGAGCCUGACAAGUUGGUUUACGAUCCCCAUCUCCGCCACGUGCAUAUCGACAAGCACCGGGUGUCGGGGACGCUGUUCAACACUGGGCAGAGCGUGAUCUUCAAGGUGGAGAAGGGAACGAAACACCACGUGAACAUAACAGGCGGUCCGUUGGUGUACAAGUAUCGCUUCGAGGACCUUUACAUUCACUUUGGGGACGCCAAUGCAAAGGGGUCGGAGCACCAGAUUGGGGGCACCACCUUCCCUGCAGAGAUCCAAAUGUACGGAUUCAAUGUUGACCUGUACAAGAACAUGACCGAGGCACGACUAGGAUCAAAUGGCAUUGUGGGUCUUUCCAUCAUGAUUCAGGUAGGGGAGAACGGUAACGAUGAGCUGCGAAUCCUGUCCUCGGGGUUCGGUAAGGUGACGUACAGGGGACAGCGUUGGCCAAUCCGUCACCUCUCCCUGGCCGGACUCUUGCCCAGCACCCACCACUACAUGACCUACGACGGCUCCACCACCCACCCUGGCUGCUGGGAGACCACGACUUGGCUCAUCAUGAACAAGCCCAUCUAUAUUACCAAGCAGGAGUUGUAUGCUCUCCGCCAGCUAAUGCAAGGUGAUGCGCAGCUGCCCAAGGCUAAGAUGGCAAAUAACUUCCGUCCCGUGAAGGCCCUGCAUCACCGUACUGUGAGGACCAAUAUUGACUUCACUAACGCCCAUCGCUCCAAGGCCUGCCCCACCAUGCACCAGGAGAGGUUUUACGCGGCGCGCCAGUGGCCAAAGCUAUAGCCAACUCUGUGGGUGUAGCGGGCCUGGCGCGGCGAGGCAGAGGAGCUGACAUACAUUGGCUAGAACAUCCUCGCCUCUGCCCCGGCAAGUCUCUCCCAGCCCGGCUAGCAGGGGACACUGAAACACUACAGGAAGGGACACGUGUAGCAGACCAGAUGGUGUGAACACAAGGUGGGAAUCCUGUUACUUAGUCGGUUGUUGGCGCGUCACACUAAGGCACUUGUGACUCGAGUGAUGGAGUAAGUGAUAAUGUUGGUGACUUUUUAAAGUGAUGUUGUGUUACUCCUAAUGGUAGUUCACUAUGGUGCGUGCGUGGGCGUGUGCGCGCGUGUCCCAAGCUAUUGGUGUAGCUACAACAGGGCAAAGAAAAUAGAAAGUGAGUCUUGAUUACAUAGAAAAUAUCGCUGAAAGCAGUGACUAAUUUAUUUCUGAAGCUGAAAAGAAUGGAUGGAAAAAAAUAUCUAGCCUUGGAAAAACAUAUAAGAAAUAUAUAUGUUGACUGAAAUAGCAGGUGUUAAUGCAAGGUGUGAAAAGUCACCUGUAAUUAAAUGAGAGUAUAAAGAAAGCGUGUGAAAUGAAAGAAGAGAGAGAGAGAGAAAAGGAAAAAGUUUAAUAUAAUUGUGAUUUACUGUGAAUGUAAAAGUUAUUGUUGCAUAUUGAAUGGCAUUGAAAAGCCUCUUGUUUGUGAGUGAAAACACCUGAAUACACGGACCAGGUGUGAGCAGGUGCAGCGUGCAGGUGUGAAUGAUUUGCCGCUGAAAAGAAAAAGAGAGAAAAAAAAGUGCAGUACUGAAAAAGCUGAAUAUCGAAAUUGAGAAAGAGUAUUAUGUUAAACAUAUUUCAAAUUCAGGAAAAAGAUACGAGGAAACUCGACGAAAUAUUAAACUAUUGGAUACUGUUUGAAUUGUAGUGCUAUAAGAGGUGCUGAAUAUAGAAAAAAAUGAGGGAAUAUAGGAACAGAUCCCUCAGUCACAGAUCAGUUGAUCAACAAAACAAGGCACAAGGUGACGCCCUUCACGUCCACGAAGGAGAGGGAUAUUCCAGACAGGACUCGCCAUGACAAGGACGCCGCCGCCUCGUUGUCGCCGCCCUAGCUGCUACUACUUCUGCUGUUAUAUCUACUGCUGCUGCUGCCGCCGCUGCUGUUGCUGCCGCUGCUACACGUCAGGUUCGCCCGGCGUGAGCUGUGUACAUAGUACUUAGAGUAACUCAAGCAAAGAACGGACAAAAAAGGGUAAAUAAAAGACUUUAGGAGUGAGAGGGAAAAAAUGGAAGGAUCAGAGGGAGGUCGGCGCAGCCAUUGCAAGCUUGCCAGAAUUGACCGUAAAAUGCGAGCGUGUGCGAGGCUGACGGAGUGUUGGCGGUGUUUACCCGCGUCGAUAACAAGGUGUAAACAGCCGAGGAGGCGCUGCUCCCGCCGCUGCUUCCACCCUCCACCUAUGAAGCACGGGAGGCGGUGAAGCAUCGCGCGCCCAUAACUGGUAAAGGAGGUGUGUGUGUGUGUGUGUGUGUGUGUGUGUGUGUGUGUGUGUGUGCGCUCCACCACGAUGCAUUCCAAAGUGUUUUUUGUCCGUACAUGUUGCUAAUCUUGAAAUCACUCCAAGGUUCCACCACUAUUCGCCUUGUGGAACCGUGAACCACUGUCGAGGGUUCGAAUCCACUUGAACCACCUGGCCUGAGCCGCCUCCCUUUUGCUGCCGCGCCUCUCUCGCUGCGUGGAGGGGGUGGGGGAGUAACAGGGAGGCAAGGGCGGUGUUCUGCUGCUGUUCAUCUAUCAGUCCUUCACUAUUAAGAGGCACGUGUGUUCUGGCGUGUGUUCUGGCGUGUUCUGGCAUGUUCUCGUGUGUUCUCGUGUGUUCUGGUGUGCGAUUCUUGCAUGGCUGCGUUCAUAUGAAGCAAUAUAUACAGUAUAUAUUUUUCCCUCUCCGCUGAAGAAAAAUAACAAUGAGGGUAGAUUCUGCUGCUGUAAGGUUCGAUGCAUUUCCUCGAAUCAGCGAAGCUCCCAAUGAACCCUCGAGACAACACAGUGAUCCUUGAACCUUCUGAGGAGGAUCAUGUAUAAAUAUACUUAUAAAACAAAACAUACGUGAGUGUUGGCUGCGUGUAUAUUCAAAUUCCCUCCUAGAGAAUUAAACGCUGAGAAAUUAAACUGAGGCCGGAGAUAAAUUCACGAGUGUCACAUUUUAGCGCCUUUUUUAUUCUUUUUUUCUAUUUAUCUUUCUUUUUUGGUUCAGCGAUGAGGUUCCCCACUCGUCGUGACAGAGGAGUGAGUGUUCCGCCAGCUUGCCAUGGACCAGAGUGAGAGGACUUCGUGACUCGCCUGGUGUUCCUUAAUGAGCGGCAGUGACUCGCCUGGUGUUGACUCGGCAGUGACUCGUCUCAUCACAUUACAAAAUAAAUGCAGGAAUAAUGAAAAGAAAAAAACGUUGAAAAAAUACAUCAUGAAAUAGAAUAAAUGUAUAAAUGAAAAUAAUGCAAAACUAAUGGUUAUAAAAUAGUAAAUAAAAUAGUAAAAGAAAUAUUAUUCAUCUCCUUAAAGUGAUGUAUAGCUGUGCCACUAAUUAAAGAAAAGAAAAAGUAUGAAUUAGAAUAUAAAAAAAACAUUUAAAUCAAGGUCAAUAAAUAACAGGUGUAAAUUGCAAAGAUAAAUAUUUCCUUUAAUAAUCAAGUAAAGGUCAGACUAAAUGAACAGGUAACAAGUGAAGCAAAUAAAUGAGAUGAAAACAUAGAGAAAACAAAAGAACAUAAAUAUUUCAAAAUCAAAUAACUACAUAUCCACUUUAAUAAGAGCACAUGCAGGUGAGACUGAAUGAACAGGUGUAAAUAAAACAACAUGACAGUAAGAAAUAAAGAAUACAAGAGAAACAUUCCAAAAAUUAAUGAGUAACAAACUAACCUUCACCUUAAUGGAAGAAUAUGCUGGUGAAAUUAAUUGUACAGGAGUGAAUAGGUAAAACAGGCAGGUGAAGUGACUAACAGUAAGAAAUCAAUGCGUAGACAAAUAAUCCUCACUUCACUAGAAACAAACAGGUGUGAAUAGGUAACAGGUGAGAUAUAUGAGACAAUCUAAACAAAAAUAACUCCUAUCUUGAAAUCAGUCAAGUAAUUCCACGCAGACACAAAGCACAGGUGAUAAAGAAACAGGUGUAUUCCAUGAAGUAGUUAACAACAUUCCAUGGAGAUUGAAUGCACAGGUGUGAAUUUGUAGGUAACAGGUGAGUCACGGCGCCCUCUCCUCGUUACCUGGGCGCUGGCAGGUGAGAGGCGCUACACAAUACCUGUUGUUUACUUUCAGAAGCCGCCCAAUCACCUCUGUGGGCGGCCAUAACUCCCCCCUUUUCCCUGCUCUCUCCCUCCCUUCCUCCUCCCCUCCCUCUGGUUUGCUGGCAUAAGAUCACGUGAUUGUUUAUUUUACGCUACUGUUUUAUACUGUCGCAUCUGUCUGUCUGUCUGUCUGUCUGGUCUUUUAUUCUGUCUCUGGUUUAUUUAUCUUUUUAUCUUAUCUGUCUAUAUCUUUCCUUCUGUCUGGCUGUCGUUUUUUUUUUUUUCUUCUUUUCUGGCAAGUCAAUUGUUGUUUUGGGCAUCUUAUUUUCUUUGUCCAUUUACAUGACUGUUAUUUUACUCGUCCUCUCUCUCGGUCUGUCUAUCGACUUUAAUUCUUUCUAGUUUAAUCAACACACAGUUUUUUUUUAACUCUGUAUGUCUGUCUAUCUGUCUGUCUGUCUGUCUGUCUGUCUCUCAUAUCUGGCUGAAGGUAAUUCCAUCAGAAUGAAAAAAUAAAGGCACUCAUUCCCUAAGUGUUUCAUGUAAUAUCAUCAAUUGAAUACAUAAUGAUCAAAGCGUUACAAAAUGGAAUAAAACGAGUCAAGAAAAAAGGCUGGAAAAAACAUUAAUUCCAUCCAUACCGAACUUAAUGUAGAGCGAAUCAUAAUGGAAAAAGUUCAGAAUUACACUAGAGAGAAGAUUAAACGAAAUGGGAUAUCAUCGAAUUGAGUUUACUUUAUCAUUAUUAGUUUCUCUCUCUUUCACUCUUACAUUUUUUUUUUUUAUUUCAUUUCGUUCAGUUUCUUAUUGACAAAACUUUCUCAACCCGGAAAUCUCAAGGCAAGUAACAAUUUUUGAAUCUGGGAACGAACACACUUUUCGGAAAAUCGUUGAAAGAGUUGCGCGCGCUCUCCUCUGCUACACCUUGUAUGUAUGUAUAUAUCCAAUGCCAAAUGUCCUCGUCCUUGUCUUUAUGCCUUGUUGAGAAAGACGCCAGCACUGCUCAGGCAGACGACGGCCCGCGUUUUAUUGAGGAGGAGGAGGAAGAAGAAGAGGAGUAGAAGGAGGAGUAAGGGACAGAGAGAGAUGGAACAGAAUAAAGGGAAGGGAGAGGAAGAAGGAAUGGAAAUACAGAUAUGAG